AUGCUCCGAACCUUCUUGCUUCUGGGCCUGACGGGGUUCGCACAAGAAGCAUUCGGUAGGAACGUAUAUCUCGAUUGGAAUCUCACAUGGGUCAACGCAGCGCCAAAUGGCUUCGAACGACCGAUUAUCGGAAUCAACGGUCAAUGGCCGUGUCCGCAGAUCGACCUUCACAUAGGUGACAACUUGGUGGUAGAUGUCUAUAACGGCUUGGGCAAUGAGUCCACCGGAAUCCACUGGCAUGGGUUCCACCAGAACUACAAUACCUUCAUGGAUGGUGUACCUGAUAUCACUCAAUGCCCGCUCAAGCCAAACCAGCGCAUGAGAUAUGUUAUUCCGGUCAAUCAAACCGGGUCGUAUUGGUAUCAUUCCCACCAAGAGGGCCAGUACCCCGAUGGAAUUCGAGGUCCGAUCAUUGUCCACGACACGAAGCCAGCCGAUUUCCAUUACGACGAGGAAAUCACUGUCACUCUUUCGGAUUGGUACAACAGGCAGAUGCCGCAUCUCAAGGAGGAAUACAUGUAUCCGACGGCCGGUCCGGCCGGUCUAGAGCCCUUGCCCGAUGCGGUUCUGUUUAACGAUGCAGUCGGAACCAAGAUUCCAGUCAAGCCAAACAAGACUUAUCUCAUCCACGUUAUUUGUAUGGGGAAUUGGCCCGGACAUGCGUUUAUCGUUGAGGACCACGACCUGACAGUUGUCCGAGCCGAUGGUGUUCCCGUGGAACCGAAACUGGCGACUCCCCAAUACCUUCGAAUGACUGUCGGACAGCGCCUCGAUCUACUCUUGACAACAAAGAACGAUACAAGCAGGAACUACGCAAUCUGGGAUGGGCUUGAUAUCGAUGAGAUGUUUAUUCGAGAGAACCGAACGCCGCCACCGGGAUAUAAUGCCAAUGGUACGGCGUGGUUGAUGUACAACGAAGACGCUCCCUUCCUACCGUCCCCGGAUAUUCAGAUCCAUAACGCGAGUCUUGAGUUUUUGGACGACGUGACCCUUCAACCAAAAGAUGGACUUCCGCUGCUUGAACCGGUGGAUCGACAAAUUGUCUUGGACUUCAGUUAUUCUCAAGUUGACGGUGUUCCCAAUUACAAUAUUAAUGGCAAAACCUAUGUGGCUCCUGGAGAGCCCACACUGUAUACAGCCUUGUCCGCCGAUAGGCAAGAAGCUCUGGAUCCUGCAAUCUAUGGCUCGGUCAAUCAAUAUGUGGUCCAGUAUGGUGAAAUCGUGGAGCUUGUCAUCAACAACAAUCACAACAACUUGCACCCAUGGCACUUGCACGGACACGACUUCCAGAUCUUGCAACGUACAUAUCCUGAAGGUGGCGCUUUCAAUGGCUACCAUAACAUCUCUGCAAUCCCAUCGCGACGAGACACUCUCAUGGUCGAGCCGAAAGGACAUGCCGUCCUUCGCUUCAAAGCCAUGAAUCCAGAUAAGUCCCCUUGUUUACGUGUCUGGAUGCUCCAUUGCCACAUUGAGUUUCACAUGCAAACACGCCUCAUGGCAGUGAUCAUCGAAGCGCCGGACUAUUUGCAAAACCUAUCUAUGCCAGCUGAUCAUAGAGACGUUUGCGGUGGCAAGCCCAGCCUUUUCGCGCCUUUGCCGCCUCUUCCAGGUCUAUAG